AAUUACCCACGUGACCACGGAUUACCUAUAUACCAUGGAAAGUUAUUAGUGGCAGCAGAAUCCUACUUUUGAUCUGUGGCAACAGAGACAAAUAGUUUGUAAAUUUAGAUUACGUAUCAAGGGAAGUGCCAACAUUUUGUCAUUGAAAUUGAACUAGCAAAUAAAAAUCCCAUGAAAUUAAAGCAUAUCAGAAUCCAAUCACAAAUUAUCCACAGGCCUUGUAAGUUUUGCACUGUAGAGUGCAUUUAUGAAAUGUGUAGCGAAUUAAUUGCAUUUAUUUUUAAUCGUGUAUUUUAGCGUCAACAUAUUGGGAAUUCAUAUUGGUAAAAAAUGGCUGGCUUUGUUAGGUUAUGUGGUUAUGUUCUGAAUAAGCAAUCUAUAAGAGAUGUUGUGUGCUUUGAAAAUGCGUUCAUUAGGCACACAGUUUUAAAAAGGAUUGACCAUGAUGUUAAAUAUUUAAAGACAGAAGCAGUUGAUACUACUCUUAUCGAUGAAGCUAGCACUGUAACAGACGAAGACGAGGGUGAGGUUAUGGCUAAGAAAGAGGAAGAGAUACAAAGGAAAAGAAACAAGUCUCGAUUGAAUCCACAGCACAGGAAUUUACUACACGGAAAAAUGCCCUAUUCUGAGCCCAUGGAUUGGUUUCAUGAAACCGUGAAAUAUAAGCGUAAGAUGUAUGGGCGCUAUGGUCAGUCAAGUGGAAUUAUUCCAGGUGUAAUGUGGCCCACUAGGGAGGAAAUAGAGGAAACGAAAGAAUAUGAGAGCAUAGCAUAUCCGUACACUAUUCAAGAACAAAUGAGCAAAGUGGAAGAGAAAAAGAAGGAAGACCUAGCGUUAUUAAAGGCAAGGGAAGAAGAUGUCUUGAAGAAGUUUGCUAAACUGGAACAGUGGAAACUUGAUGUUAAGGCUAAUGCUGCCAAAAAGUUAGCAACUGUAGAAGCUGCUAAGGCAAAGAAAGAUAGGUUGGUGGAGGAGGUGCGUCGUCACUUUGGCUUCAAAAUUGACCCUCGAGAUGACCGAUUUAAGGAGUUACUAGAACAAAAGGAAAAAGAAGAACGUAAGAAGGCCAAGGAAGCUAAGAAGAAAGCGAGGCAAGAACUUGUAACAGCCAGACUGGAGGAGCAAAUUAAAAUAGCUGAGAAAGACAGAAAAGAGGCCAGUAAUAUUCCAGAGAAAUCAUGAGUUACACACUUUUGUAUGGUUUCUUUUGUAAGCAGGUAUGAAAUUUGUACAUGUAGUACUCAUUCAAAGAGCCAUUUUAUUCUAAUGACUGUGAACAAAACGUAGUAUAUGUUAUAAUUCAUCUUCCUGUUUUUUUAACACAGAACUGAAACUGAAUUUUGGUAAGCACCAGAAGAAAGCAAGAAACAAAGCGUGGCUGAAUAUUUGUGUACCUCCGUAUAAAUAAUGAAACUAUUUGACAUAACCAUUGACUGUGUGUAUUGUGAAACAUUCCAUAGAUAAUUUAUAUUAGAGGAGAUUUGAGGUUCUUAUGGAGAUGAGUAUGAAGAUGGCUGUCAUCUAGGAUGUUGCACUAUGUGGUCUGACAGAUACUGAUCCCUGAUACAUCCCUGAUGCUGGACACAUUGAGAUCCUCUGAAACAUUUGUAUCUACCAGACUACAGGGUAUAACAUUCCAGAAGACACCAACCUUCAUAUUAGAGGACUUCAGAAAGAUGUUGCUGUCGUGCGCAUUUCAUUAUGAGAAAAUUCAUAAUGAAUCAUAAAAUGUUAUGUUUAUACUAUGCAUACUCAAACUCUUCCCAUGACUUGUGGCUUCUUAAUGCAAUGGUUUCCAGUGCAUAAUCAAGAACAUGUACUCUCUUUUCAACAGGACUGUUCCUCCUGUGGUUUAUUGUGGUCAUAUGUUUUUGCUUUUUCAUUAAGUGUAUUGUUGCCUAUGUUGGCAGUAUAGUUACAUUGAUGAACCACU